UUUUGUCCCUCUAUACCUACCGUAACUACGCAUAAGUAUGGCUGCUUGAGAGUUGUGACAACUAUUUUGAUGGUGUAAAUAAUAUUUUUUUUCCAUUUCUAAAACAUACUUUCCUCGGAAUUCGUAUUUAUCUGAACUAAUAACUACAUUGCGACUCAGACCAUCAUGCCGUCCGCCUGUGACUCUCUGAUUGAAGACAUCGAGGACAUGGUAUCUUCUAGCGACCCCACUCCUCAUGAGAGACAGUCUGCUAGAAAGAGUAUCAUACCAAGGUCCAGGAAGAAGAAAGAGCUGCUGAGCCAUGAGGAGCUCCAAGCUGACAGUUUGAUCCCUGGCACCCAAAAAAUCUGGAUGAAAACGUGGGGCUGCAGUCAUAACAACUCAGAUGGAGAGUACAUGGCCGGACAGCUAGCUGCCAGCGGAUACAAGAUUACUGAUGACCCAACAGAAGCAGACCUGUGGUUGCUCAACAGCUGCACUGUGAAAAACCCUGCAGAGGACCACUUCAGAAACUCAGUCAAAAAAGCCCAGGAACAGGAGAAAAAGGUGGUAGUAGCAGGUUGUGUUCCCCAGGCCCAGCCACGGAUGGACUAUCUCAAAGGACUCAGCAUCAUUGGGGUCCAACAGAUUGAUCGAGUGGUGGAAGUAGUGGACGAAGCUGUUAAAGGCCACUCAGUUCGUCUAUUGGGUCAGAAGAAAGAUGGAGGCCGGAGGCUCGGAGGAGCUAGACUGGACCUGCCCAAGAUCAGGAAGAACCCUCUCAUUGAAAUCAUCUCCAUUAACACUGGGUGUCUGAAUGCAUGCACCUACUGUAAGACUAAGCAUGCCAGAGGAGACUUGGCCAGCUAUCCCAUUGAGGAGCUAGUGGAGAGAGCCAGGCAGUCUUUCCAGGAGGGAGUGUGUGAGAUCUGGCUGACCAGUGAGGACACAGGAGCUUAUGGUAGAGACAUAGGGACAGACCUGCCCACAUUGCUGUGGAGAUUGGUAGAGGAGAUUCCUGAAGGGGCCAUGCUGAGGCUGGGUAUGACCAACCCACCAUAUAUCCUGGAACACCUAGAGGAGAUGGCUAAGAUAUUGAAUCAUCCACGUGUCUAUGCCUUCCUUCAUGUUCCUGUGCAGUCGGCCUCAGACAGCGUCCUGAUGGACAUGAAGAGAGAGUAUUGCAUCGAUGACUUCAAAAGAGUGGUGGACUUCCUCAAUGAGAGGGUCCCAGGUGUAACCGUUGCUACAGAUAUAAUCUGUGGUUUUCCUGGUGAGACGGAGGAAGACUUCCAAGAGACAGUAGACUUGGUGAAAAUCUACCGAUUCCCAAGUCUCUUCAUCAACCAGUUCUACCCCAGACCCGGUACACCUGCCGCCAAGAUGGAGCAAGUACCAGCACAUGUGAAGAAGCAGAGGACUAAAGAGCUGUCACAGCUCUUCCACUCUUACAACCCCUACGACCACAAGGUAGGGGAGAGGCAACAUGUGUUGGUGACAGAGGAGUCAUUUGACGCACAAUACUAUGUGGCUCACAACAAGUUCUAUGAACAGGUGCUGGUACCUAAGAGGGCUGAGUUCAAAGGGAAGAUGAUUGAGGUGUACAUCUAUGAGGCAGGAAAACACUUCCUGAAAGGUCGACCAGUAGAAGACAGUAAGCCAUUCACUCCCUCCAUUGCUGCACCACUUCAGAAAGGAGAGGUGUCUGGCCUGAUGCAGGAACAGAUGGCCAAUGGCGUCCAAGGUCCUGCUUCUAUGCCGCCUUCGUCUGUUUUGUUGUUCGGCUCUUACAGUCUGGACAGGGAAGUACUGAAGAAGCUGGGAAUCGGGCUCGCUCUGACAGCAGCCAUCUUGGCCUUCAUUGUAGAGAAACUGUACUGAUAGAGCAACUGCAAACUAGAAGAUUGUGAACAAAGGAGAGGACAGUGACAUCAUAGGAGCCUAAACAGUGUGUUUGAAGCAGGUGAAUACAGUGAUAAAACUGUCUCCUUAGAUCCCCUGUAACAUACUCCAUGUCGCUUUCAUUAAAUCUUAAAUGAACCCAAAGAAAAGACGACGAAGUCAGUGACACGUACACAGUCAAGGAUUAUUUGAAUGUUCUGUUUUUAGUACAGUUAGAUUUUUUCUUUUAAUUUAAGGGCAUAGUUUACCACUUAGCAGUCAAUUUACUUAGUUUUCUCCAAAGAAAUGGAUGUCAGUGUCUUUUUCUGUCAGUGAAGUAAGAAAAACCACAUGGGCAAUGACAGGUCAGCAGUCUUCAGAGACCUUAGUGAACAAAGCCUUUUUGGUACAAAUUACAUCCUAGUUAUACUAGAUUUUAUUCUCUCUAUAGUCUAUUUCAAGUACAGAUUCCAUUUCAUAUUUCUGUUUCAUUAUGGGGCUUUAACAUUUUCUAAAUAUAGGCUUUUUCAGGAAAAGGCUUUGUCUAUUGAUUACUGAUGGCUGCAGCCGGACGUUGUCCAUAAACUGGUAAAUAAGUGUUUUUGGGUCAUUGUAGCUAUUCCACAGAGCAAUUAAGCCCAACUCAACUAUUUGAACACAUUCUGGUCACCUGUACCAGAACAAAGUCUGAGGAUGAUGAAACUUUUCAGCUUGCUGAGUUGCAGAGUGAUUCUCAGGUGUUAUUAUCAGACAUAUUUUUUAGAGGUACUGAGCAUGUAGAUUUCCAAAUAUUGUGCAUUAUAGAGUUGCCCAUUCAACUGUGCUUACUUUACAGUAUGUUAUUUUAUUCUGUGGAAAGAAGUAAUAAUGUGAAUAAUACUCUGAUUAAGGGUCAUUUGUAACCUUCAUUUCAAAGUAUUUAUUUUUGAAUGAAAGACAAGGACAGUAUAUUUUCAGAUCUUCAUAACAAACAUCUGUUUUAACGUGUUAUUCUUUUGUUAAAGUGGUUAUUCAGAAAGUUUGUUUCAUUUUAUGGUUUUUGCUUCAGACAUCAAAGUCAAAUGGAAUUAAUUUGUAAUGUACAUCUUCCCUUACCUGAUUAGUUAUAACGUAACUGGCAGUUGGCCAGGUGGACAAUGCUGACUGCUGAUUGAUGAUCAUUAUUGACUCAUCAUUUGGUACAAAACAUCCACACACCCAAUGUGAUUUGUUUUAUUUGUGUGUGAUGACCAGCUCCGGUGCCAACUUUUAAAGGGUUGUUUCAUAUUUUCUCACUUACCUGUAGUGUGUUGAGCUGAUAUCCACCUCUGCGAUUUCUCCUGCCACCCCAAUACAAUGAAGGUGGAAAAAACAUGGGGGUUUUUUUGUUUGUUUGUUUUGCCCCCAAAAAACAAUAUCCCUGUUACUCUGGAUAAUCCAAACCACCAUAAACGAAAUAAAUUCAAAUACCUUGUAUUGGGGUGGCAGAAGAAAUCUCAGUGCCAGAUAUCUCAAAACAUGGGCAAAUAUAACUAAACUGUUAGCUUGCUAGACAUCACUGGAGGUACGUGGGAGAUGUUUUUCUUUUUCUGUAAUUCAGGUGCACUGACCCUGUAAUACAACUACUCUGUUGACAUGUGGACUACUUGUGGUGAAUGCAUAGUCUGAGUUAUUAUUGAGACAGACUAUAUAUUGUUUUUGUUUUUCUUGAUUUGCAUUGUCCCAACCAUCCAAAACAGUUUAAUAAAGGACAAAAUUAAUUUGUCAUGAGUGAAAUGA